AAAUCAGUUCGUUUCGUUCAUUCAACAGUUUCUGCAUCUUUGCAGUUUGGCACGCGAUCGGCAAAAAUGCGUUGACCAAACGCUCAUCGCUCUUCACUGUGGUAAACAGAAGACUGCGCCUCUUCAUUGUGCGCAUCGGAAUCGCCAUCGAGCCAGCAUUUGAAAGCAAGAGCCAAAAUGCGCGGCUCUAGAAAUGAUCAGUGUUUGUUCCGAAAGUAGAAAGGUAGUGAGUGAGGGAUUUUUCACAAUCGAGCUCUUCACACGUGCGUUACGUGCAUUUCACGUUGAAUGAGUGAGUGCGUUUUGAGGGAUUUGCGAUCGAUACCGGCCAGAUUAAAGGAAUGAAGCUGAAGCUGUUCUUGCUGCUGACGGUGGUCAGUGCCUGUGCGGCCGAAUGUCCAUCGAAAUGCUCCUGCUACCUGGAUGUAAAAGGAAGAAAAACCGUUCUGUGCAAAGAAGGAGGAAUGGUCGGCCCUGUGGACCUUAACAAUAUCAGCUUCGACACUGAAGUGAUCAAAAUCACAGCUCCAGACGACAACAUGAACAUGCUCACCAUGUCGCCGAUCUUCCAGCGAUACAAAAACCUGGAAGAGAUCCAUGUGACCAAAAGCAACGUGCCUCAGCUGGGCAUGCACUUCUUCUAUGGCCUAACCAAGCUGGAUGUGCUGAACUUGUCGCAAAACAACAUUUCCCAACCGCUCGACCACAAUUUCCGAGGUCUGGAUAAGCUGAAAGAGCUCUACCUGGACGAUAAUCGGAUCCAGUCUUUGCCCAGCGGCACUUUCCGGCAUCUGCAUGAAUUGAAACUUUUGUCGAUACAACGGAAUCGAAUAACCGACCUCGUGAACAGAAUAUUCCUCGAAAUUGGGAAACUGAAAGCUCUGAAGCUGAGCGGAAACAAUUUGAAAGAACUUAAUCCGGAGGUUUUCCGCGACGUGCAGGAGCUGCGCCAACUUGAGUGCAGAGGCUGCGCCUUGAAGCGAAUCAGCAAAGACACCUACCCGCUGUUGCCACAUUUAUCCUUCCUGGACAUCGGAGAGAACGAAAUCAAAGCGAUUCAUGCGGACGACCUCAAAGUGCUAACCAGCCUCAAAUACCUAAAACUCGAUGGCAACCACAUAGCGGGUUUACAUGACAACACCUUUGCCAACCAGCCCUUGCUGAAGAAGCUAAACUUGGCUCGCAACCAGAUCGCAAAAAUUACUCCCAAUGCCUUUGUGGAACUCUACAAUUUAACCGAACUGGACCUCAGCUUCAACAGGCUGGAGAAGAUCCAUGAGGGGGCUUUCGAGGCGAUCGCGCCCACCUUGGAGGUGCUGAGCUUGAGUGGCAAUUUGAUAAAAGCGCACACCCUCAAAGAGCUCACCAGUCUGCAAGUGCUGAGGGAAGUGAAGCUGGCCAAUUGUGGCAUCCUGGAACUGGAGGCGCAGAUAUUUCCCGACAACUUGGAGGUUCUGGACUUGAGCGGCAAUCACAUAGCGGUGUUGAGUGCGGAGCUUUUGCCUAAAUCGCUGCGUCAGUUGGAUCUAUCGAAGAACCGAAUUCGGGGCAUCGAUGAGUACGAUUUGCAGAAGCUGGAUCACUUGAGGUUCUUGAAUCUGCAGCAAAACCCCUGGUCUUGCGACUUGUGCCAUAUAGUGCCAUUGUUGGAAAGGGCCAAUCGCAGUGCCACCUUCAGUGAAAUCACCUGCGCGGCCCCCUAUACGGAACGCGGAAAAACGUUGGGGAUGUUGGAGAAGAGCGAUUUGACCUGGUGCACAGCUGCCAGCUACAGCAAAGGAGACGCGGACUUUUUCUUAGUUUCAACGGACGGCAACAUUGGAAUCAUCGCCGCCAGCAUGUCGGUUUGUCUUCUAUUCAUCACAAUUCUGGCGAUCAUCGGAGCCUUGUGGUACUCCCGAAGGCAUGCAGCAAGGUAUUACACGCAUGAGGAUAAACUGGCGGUUGAAGGCGAGACCAUUUUCGACACCAAUCACAGUCCGCUGUUUUGCGAUGGUGAGCUGAGCUUCAAGUUUCCUCUGGAUGGGGAAAAGAAGAUUUCGAUAUCCACGAUCGAGGACGUGAAGAAAGAACAUUCGAUUGCGAACGGCACGUGAAAAGUUGCCGGCUGUAGCAGGCCGAUGUGUCCUGGAUGAGGAUGAGGAGCGCAUCGUGUGUAAGACUUUGAGGAGCAACGACAGACCUAAAUGAAUUAUUCAAUUACAUUUUAUACACCUGCACUGUUCAUUGGUACCCGAUGUCUUCUAAAUGGUUCUUCCAUACUGGCGGGGUGAUUCGCAUGGAAAUGUUCAUGAUUGUGAAUAGGCCAGAUGGUUCAAUCUGGAAGUUUUUUCAUAUUCAAUUGAGGCUGGGAAUUUUGGCGGGUUCUUCUUCAGAUUCCCGGGGGUUUUACCAAUUUGCCGAAUUUUUGUCAAGAAAAUUCAGGUUUAGACCAAAUGUGACAGCAGAUUGCUUCGAUCUGAGGCUGAAAAUGUUUGGUGAAAUUGGUCAGUUCAGGGAAAUCUGAAGAGUCCAGAAAAAUGUCCUAAUUUUGAUUUUUGGCCGAAAAUUUUAUAAAAGUGGAGGAUUUUUUUUGACAAAAUACCAAUUUUCUUAAAAUGUGUCGUAUUCUACAUCCGUUUAAUCUCAAGGAGGCGAAGAAUGUAACGGGCUCGUUGAUAAACACACUAGAAUUUCAGUUCUGAAAUAUUCGACAUUUUAACCACAUUUUAAUCGUUUUUUGAGCUUUUACGAUCCUUAACCAGCGAUUUUGCCCUUAUUUUUUACUUGAGUUGGGGACUGUUUUUUCGAAAAAUAUAUAUUUUUUCAAAAUGCCUUGAAUUCUACAUAGUUUCAUCUCGUGGACGUAAAGAAUGCAACGAACUCAUUGAAAAACACGCUAGAAUUUUCAGUCCCGAAAUUAUCGACAUUUUACGCACAUUUUAAGCGUUUUUGGAGCGUUCACGAUUCUUAAGAGACGAUUUGUUCGUAAUUUUUGAGGCAAACGGUUUACAAGUGUAGAUUGGCACGCUUCUUACGUCCAAAGGAAUCGAUUGAGUUGAAAAAACGUAUGUAAAAUUUUGAUUUUUGACCAAAAAGUCUCUUCUAUGAAUUGUUGAAAAAAUUAUAUAUUUUUUCGAAACGCCUUCAAUUCUACGCGUUUCAUCGCAAGGAAGCGAAGAAUGCAAAUAACUCAUUGAAAAACAGACUAGAAUUUUUGGUUCCGAAAUAAUCGACAUUUUACGCAUAUUUUUAGCAUUCACGAACCUCAGCAGACGAUUUCGUCCUUAUUUUUGAUCCAAACACUUUAGAAAUGUACAUUUGCGCGCUUCUUACCUCUAAAGGAAUCGAUUGAGCUGAAAAAACACGCUUGAUUUUUUUUGAACGAAAAUUUUCUAAAGGUUGAGGACGAUUUUUUCGAAAAAUAUAUUUUUUUCCAAAAUGCCUUGAAUUCUACAUAGUUUCAUCUCGUGGACGCAAACAAUGCAACGGACUUAUUGAAAAACACGCUAGAAUUUUCAGUCCCGAAAUUAUCGACAUAUUACGCACAUUUUAAGCGUUUUUUGAGCGUUCACGAUUCUUAAGAGACGAUUUGUUCUUCAUUUUUGAGCCAAACACUUUGCAAGUGUAGAUUUGCGCGCUUCUGACGUCUAAAGAAAUUGAAUGAGUUGAAAAAACGUAUGUAAAAUUUUGAUUUUUGACCAAAACGUUUCUUAAGAGGGAGCUGAAGUUUUGAAAAAUUACAUAUUUUUUUAAAACGCCUUCAAUUCUACAUUAGUUGCAUCGCAAGGAAGCGAAGAAUGCAAAGAACUCAUUGAAAAACAGACUAGAAUUUUCUGUUCCGAAAUAAUCGACAUUUUACGCACAUUUUUAGCAUUCACGAUCUUUAACAGACGAUUUCGUCCUUAUUUUUAAUCCAAACACUUUACAAAUGUACAUUUGCGCGCUUCUUACGUCUAAAGGAAUCGAUUGAGUUGCAAAAACACAUAUGUAAAAUUUUGAUUUUUACCAAAAGUUUUCUUAAGUGGUACAAAAUUUUUUGAAAAAAUUACAUAGUUUUUCAAAACACCUUCAAUUCUACACCAGUUGCAUCGCAAGGAGGCGAAGAAUGCAAAUAACUCAUCGAAAAACAGACUAGAAUUUUCGGUUCUGAAAUAAUCGACAUUUUACGCACAUUUUUAGCAUUCACGAUCCUUAACAGACGAUUUCGUCUUUAAUUUUACGUUUGUUGUUUACAAACUUAUUGGAAAAUACACUAGGAUUGUUGGAACAAACAAAUCAUGCGAAUCACCCUGUAUAUAUGAGUAAUAUUUUGUUACAAAUCUACGCUUUUGGUGCUUGAAAUUUCAUAUAUUUAUUGUAUAUAAUAAUUUAAAUUUAAUUUAUCAAUAAACGACGCCCUCGAAUCGAGUUAACACGGUCUUGGGACUUUCGCAUAUACAAAGAUGACGUUCAGUAAUAAGAUUUAUAAAUAUUUAUAUUUGUACAUACUUGAUAUUCCAUGUCUUCUAUAUCUUAGCUUUAAGGUUACGCGCAUAUACCGGGUGUUUCUGUGUUCAAGUUCAUCAAGCACUUCUUUGCUUAAAAGGACUUUUUCCCGUUGUUUUUAAGCUCUUGAUAGUGAUGUUUUUUUUGGUUGAAAAAAUACUUGACAGUCUUGAAACAUCAAGAAAUAUGUACGUUUUUGUGCAUGAGGAGCAAUGUAACAUUUGGAGCAGAAAAAUGAAAUUUGCGUAUUUAUGAAAUGUGGAUUUUUGCUCUUUUUUGAGCCAAACCUGAGAAACGCCCGGUGUUUCGGCAAAUUAAGAACUCCAUGAUAUUUAUUAAAGAUUUCGGACCAAGGAUUAUUUAAUUAAUUGUAAGUAAUUUUAAUUGCCAAAAAGCUACGAAUUUUAUUGUUAAUUGUGCAUCGAACACAGUCAAUUUUUAUAAUUAAUAAGUGGUGGUGUUUGACGAGAUGGGCUUAAAUUGUUUCAUUGUGAAUUCGCAGUUAUUAAAAAAUCGACUUCUGAUCUGAAAAAUCUGGAAUUAAUAAAUUGCAAGCUGAUCUCAACAAACUCCCAGUUUUGCAGAAUGUUUGUAUUUUUUCAUAUAGCAGAUUUUCUACAAACGGCGACAUUGUACUUUAGCGUGUAUGUGUUUCAAACUGAUAUAAUUCAUGUACAAAUUCGCCUUUAAUUCGCAGUAAAAAUAAAUGUAUUUUGUUUGUA